AUGGCGACUUUGACGACGAACAUAGCUACACUGACGAGGCGCACUGCUGCUUCGCCGAGCUGCACCACAGCCGUGCCAGAUAAUCAUGGGCAUGUGCCUUUUGGUGCGUGCAACUCCUAUUACAACGAUGAUCCGAGUUUCGAAGCGAAUUUGGCAUUUGCUGCGCUGUUUGGCGCGAGUUUCCUAGCCCACAUUGUCCAGGCCAUUGCCUACAAAAAGCGAUUCUGCUGGGUGCUCAUCAUGGGCGCCGCGUGGGAGACGGCAGCAUUUAGCAACCGUACCUUGGGAGCCCACAACCAACAAGAGCGGCAGGAUCAACGCCUUUGCGUAUAUGACGGUCGCCCGCAUGGUCUCUUUGGCCUUCCCGACAAGAAGAUUUGGGGUGUCCGCGCUGUCAAGCUGACGGUGCUGUUUGUGUGGCUCGACGUCGUCUGCUUCCUGGUGCAGCUGGGCGGCGGCCUGCUCCUAUCCAAUGAUGACAAUCGCAAUCUGGCUCCCAUCGGGAUGAAACUGUAUACGGCGGGUAUCGCGCUGCAGCUCGGGUUCGUGGUCAUUUUUGGGGUCAUGACGGGAUGGUUCUACCACCGGAUGCGGCAAGUGUCGCAAGGAAAGGGCAUGGGACGCCGGCUGCAAAUAUUGACAUGGACUAUGCUGGCUGUUCUUGUUUUGAUCAUAGUCCGCGUCAUCUUUCGACUACUAGAGUUUGGGCCAGGAAUCGACGCCAGCAACGAGCUCAUCACGAACGAGAUGUACCCGCUCGCGCUCGACGCCUUGCCGAUGGUGAUCGCGCUGGUGUUGCUCAACGUGAUGCAUCCCGGGCUUGUGCUGCGUGGUCCGGACGGGGAGUUUCCGCACAAGACGCGCGGGGAGAAGAAGGCAAUCAGGCAGCGUGCGAAGGAGGAAAAGAAGAGAAGAAAGGAGGCGAGGAAGACUGGCGAGUUCUCGGAUUCCCACGACAUGGAGAGGUUGGCGGAGCAAACGGACGGCGAUGAUAUGGGGCCGGUGCAUGAUAGAGUGUAG